AUGAACGUCCUGGUGGCGCUGCUGAAACUCAAGCACCGGUACUCGCUCGUUCCGAAUGAGCCAGCCGUGCAAACACGUGGGUCUGGGCCGUUCGUCCUGCCGCUCGGUGAGGAUUUGCCGCGUCACCCAGACGGCAUCGCGGUGAGCGGAGUCAAAGCCGCCGGUGGAGAGACGCAUGCUCUGCGCUGCACCGGCAGUGGCGACAGUUACGGGCGCUUCUUAAGGGGGCCCUGGUCAGUUGCCGAUUGCGGCGACUAUGACGGUUACAGUGACUAUGACGACGACGACGACGACGACGACGAGCUUGAUUCUGCCGCUGAAGUGGAUGCGUUCGCCACGAUACAGGAGAGUUGCGUGCUUCGUGAGCCCCACGCGCAGCGCCUUAGUUACGAGGCUAUGUGGCGCAGGUAUCAGUGCGAGGAUGGAGACACCUUCUCCCCGCUGGUGAGAGACCUGCGUGCAGUGUGCAUGCGGCGACGCACCGAACGCGCGGUUGCCUGGCGCCGUGUGGGAGCCGUGCGUGUCACGCGUAACGCCGACGGCGACCGCAAUGGCGGGGAGGGAGCCUCCCGAGAGCUACACCGCGUGAGCAUUACGAUGGAGCGCACAAAGUACCGAACUUACGCCCAACUCUGGGAGCGCGUUGUGGCAUUUGGGUGUGGGUUGAGGGCCUUGGGGCUCGCGCACGGUGCAAUGAUUGGCAUCUGCCACGACACCCGCUGGGAGUGGCUGGCCACCUGCUACGCCGCCUGGUCGCAGCGCUUCGUCUGUGUUCUCUUUGACGACGACAAGCUCUUGGCGGCGCAGGUUGCGGCGGAGGCGAAAUUGUCUGUCGUGGUGUGCAAGUGGGGCCUGCUACCGCGGCUGCAUGCCAUUUUUGCUGCUAGGGGCGCAAGUCGCAUUCCCACUUUUGUGGUCGUCGAUGCCGGGGGGCAGCCGGACGUGGAGGCGGCAGUGGCGUCGUGCGCGGCGGCGCAGCUGAGCAAGGCGUUGGAGGUGCAAGACACCGUGGUGCGGACGUGGGAUGAGGUGCUGACGAUGGGCAGGGCCGAGUGGAAGCGGCGCCUCGCGGCUCGUGCGGCCUGUCGCAAGUCGCAGGAUAAGCACAAGGCGGAGGCUGAGCGUUGCCACGCAAACGGCGGUGAGGACGCCGUGGGGCCAUUCGUCCCGCCUUCGCCGCCGUCGAGGCGGAGCCGCAGCGCGAGCAGCACGGCUCGCUGCUUGAGGGCGCCGCUGGGGCGAGCACACAUCGCGUGGUACCUCAGUUUCGCCGAGGAGGUGCGACAGCGGCGGGGCGUUGCGCAACCGAAGUUUGAGUGA